AUGAAAAAUUCAUUACUUUCGCAAAUAUUAACAGAAGCUGAAAUAAUUGAAUUAGGGUUGAAUGAUAGUUUGAUGAGCAAUUGCUCAUCUCCUUUUAUUUUAAACAAAAAGCAUUAUAUACAAUUUUCCAUUUUAUAUUUGGUUAAUAUAUUUUUUUUUUUUUGUGUGUAUAUAACUAUUAUUGUAUUCCGCAUAAUAGCCUAUAAACCCGAAUUCACAACUGAUAUAUCACUAAUCAUAUAUGUUUAUAUUUUUAUUUUUUUUUAUAUUGACUUAAUAAUUAGUAAUGAUAUUAAAUAUAGUUUAGUUCGAAAAUAUAAUAUCAAAGAAGUCAAGAAAAGAAUAUACGCAAAAUAUCUUAGUUAUAAAAAAAAACAUAACAACCAAAAUAUAUCCAAUUUUAAUAGUAACAAUAAUAAUCAAGCCAAUGAAAAAAAAAGAUUUAUAAAUGAUAAACUUUUUUCAAAAGAAAAGCAUUUUAUUAUAUGUGGCAGUGAACAAAACGAGGCAUCAAUUAAUGAAAAUAUAAAUGAUGAUGAAGAUAAAUAUUAUAUAUUAGACGAAUUAAAAAAUGUUAACCAUAACUUAAAUAAAGAAUUGCUAAAAUAUAUUCAAUUUGAAAAUAACAAUUAUACAAUUACUCAUCGUAAAUUUGAUAUUUUUUUAAUUAUAGCUGGAAUUAUUAAUCAAUUAAACACUUUUUGCGAUUUAGUAUUUUUAUUUUCGAUAUAUAAUCAUAGUAAAGUUUUAUUUUUUAUUUCUUUAUUUAUAUAUAUAUAUUAUUUAGUAUAUUUUAUAUUAAUACUUAAAUUCGCUGUGAAUGUAUCUUUUACAUUAAUAGAACUAUAUAGAAAGCCCCUAUAUCGUUCAUAUAAAAAAUUUAUCAAAAAAUCCCAAAAAAUUAUAUCAUAUAUCAAAAAAUUUAUAUUAUAUAUUAAAAAAAUAAUUUACAAAUGUAUAAAAAAAUAUCUAAAAUUCAUAAUCUUUAUAAGGGGUAAUACAGUAGUGCCCACUGAAAGUAUGCCGAAUUUAUUUUUGAACAAAUACACAUGUUAUAAUAGUUGGGUUUUUUUUUAUAAAGAAAAUACUAAUACGAGUAACGAUCUCCAAAUUUUAAAAUUGAUUUAUGACACAGACUUUGAAGAUAUUCCGAAAAAAAAAUUAAAAAAAAAUGAAAUGAAAACAAAAAGUAUGAAUAUUCCACUUGUUGAAAAAAAUAAUAUAAAAUUUAUAUUCAAAAGAAAAGAAAAAACAGACUAUGAAAAAGCUUUAGCUCCAAAGUAUGUCCAAAUGGUUGCUGACAUGUCAAGCAUUUUAUCCUUUUAUCACAUUCUCAACAUCAUGAAAAGUAAAUUUUUAUCAGCACACAACCUAUAUUCUCAUAUUAGCUUCACACUAAUUUUUUUCAUUUGGAAGCUUCUUUAUAUGGACAUUAUAUUAUUCCUUUUAAAAUUUUAUAUUUUAUUUUAUAGUAGCGAUAAAUUAAUUAUAGAAAUAAUUUUAUUUAUUUCUUUAGCAAAUAUGGUGAUUUCAUAUAUAAUAAAUUUAGUUGAUAAUAAUUUAUUAAAUUACGCUAACUUUAAUUAA